CAUGGCAUCAGAACAAACAUACCCUAAUACAUCUUUAAUGGGUUACAACAGCAGUUUGUCAGCUGAUGGUGCGGACAACUCUAGUGCUCAAGAACUGGAAAGCUACGCGGAAUACUGGGCCGCCGCAUGGCUCAACAGAACAACGCCAUGGAUAGCCUUACUGGUGGCUGUUUUGGGCAACGGAGCUGUGAUUAUCACCGUGAGAAAAAUGAAAACAUUUACAUCUCUGGUUUUGUUUGUGACAUACCUGGGCGUCACAGACACCUUAUGCAUAAUAUUCAAUUUUCUCUACACUCAGCUGACCCGCUAUAAAGUUCCUCUCGGUAACGGUGGAUGUAAAGCACUACACUUUCUCAUGAACUUUACGACACCUGUGGCAAACUGGACGGUGGUUCUCAUGACCCUGGAACGUUUCGUGGCCGUCUUCUUUCCUUUCAAAAUAUCCCGAGUUUUCAGCCUGAAGAAAUCUGUCCUAGCCCUUUUAAUAACGGCUUUCGUUUUACUGAUUCACGCCUCGUUCGCUCUGUGGCUCUAUAUCGAGGUAAUAGACGACGGUUAUAUCUACUGCGGAGAAGAACCGUCCCUUCAGGAUGUCUCCAGGAUAAUAACUUGGGUUGAUUUGCUCUUGUUGUCUCUACUCCCUUGCUUGAUCCUUAUUUUUCUGAAUAGCGGCAUCAUUGUGAAACUAAACAAAUCAGCCAAAGUGCGUCGAGAGGCCAUGAAUACUCACCUUUUGAGGGGUGACACUGCCAAUUCAUCUAGACCCCCAGUGUCACAACAGCACAUUAAUUUGUCUGUUAUGCUGGUAACGGUAUCUGUAGCCUUUGUCAUUCUUCAACUGCCUAUAACCAUUUUCUAUCUUGUGGACCGACACCAAGCUCGGCCUACAGAAGCGAGAGAGCUAGCAAUUUACUACUUGGUGCGCGAAGUUGUCCAUACUUUAAAUGAGUUCAAUCAUGCUUUUAACUUUUUCUUUUACUUUUUGAGUGGCCGAAAAUUUCGUCGUAAGUGUCUGGAAGUUUUUGGGUGCGACAAAUGCCUGAAGCGUAUACGUGUUAAAGCGAAAAACGCAAGUAUUUCAUCUCGAGGAGAAUCUGGUCUUGAUACCCAAAUGUCCAAGUUAAGUUCUGAAGUGUCCAAGGAAGACCAAGUACACAGAAACAUAAAUUAAAUGGCUGGAGCCUUUAUCAUUCAUUACAUAACUGUGUGUUUAACAAGAACAUUGCGCAAAAGUGUAUUUGCAUAUUUUGUAUUGUAUAAUACAAAACGCGUAGACACUCCGGAGCAAACCCAGCAACCAAGCUGUUUGUGUAGCUUUUUACCACAUGCGAAGUAUUGACACUUAAAGAUUUCUUCGUGUUGGGGAGUACCCAUGCUAUCGCCUUAUACUAAGCUUAUUGCUUGAUCAACAGUGUUAUUUAUUGUUCUAUUGAUAAAAUUAUUACCACAAUCUCUAAAGAAUAGAUAUAUAUUCACCUGAAAAUAACAGUCGGAACUUUUUAAUGAUGUCGGAAACGGAAAACCAUACGUGUGUAAUAUCCAAUGUGUCAAAUCCAUACGUAAUCUAAACUACCAGGCAAAAGAAAGGUUUCACGGUAUUUUUUGUCAUAAAAAAAAUAAAAGCGCGGUUCCGGAUUUGAUUCUAAGCAGGACAUGGUGUAUGACUGCAUCGUUUCCUCUACCAGAGCGCAUCGUC